ACAUCCGGUACUUUAACUCAGAGAAGGGCAAACUUGAGGCAAAUGUGAAUCAGAAAGCCUGAGAUUUACAUACAGAUUCUGUUGCUUGUUGGAAUUUUAGUACCAACCACACUUUUCACUCGAAUGUGGCUGCAGAGAAGAAGUGAUCAUAUCCAUUUCUGAUUGCGCUGCGGAAAAGAAAAACUGUUCUCCAUUUAUCAACUUCAGGCUUCGUUGUGUCUAGAGAGUAUGCAGUCUACUGUGGUUCGCAGUGGAUUUUUGUUCUUCAGGUUUAGCAUACACGAGAAAAAACCUCCCAAUAAGAAUUAUGUCGUGCUCAGCAAAGGGAAGCAGCAAGAUCGCCCCUGCCUGCUUGUCUACGGGGAUGCCAGGCAGUACAUAGCGAAGAACUGCAUGUACAUGAUCCUGGACCUGGACGUGAAGGAGGCGGUGCAGUGGCAAGGGAAGGCGGCGUGGGAACUCCACUCCCUCAAGAUUGUUACCAUCGAAGGCACGUGCGUGUUUUCACUUGGCGACAAAGAGGAGCUGGACGCGUGGCUCAGGGACGUCAGGGGGAGCUUAAUGCAUUCACCGAGCUUCAAGGAAUCGACUCAGAUGCCCUUACAAGGAAAUCAGCUUUAUGAAAGUUGUGAAAAGUAUCAGCCAACGUUUCUGGUGAUGCCUGACUCCCUGACAUCAACAAGGCUGAAAGUGAGCGGUUCCGUAGUACUGGCUAUCUGGACAGAGGGUUUGGCGGUCACUUCAGCCAACGGCUGCCGCAUUGCCCAGUUUCACCUGAAGAAUAUCCGGAAGUUCGCUUACAAUCUGAACGAAUUCAAGUUCUGGACUGGAAGGGCGUGUGGCCUUGGAGUGGGAACCUUCACUUUUAUUACAAAACAGGGGAAAGAAAUUUACUACUAUAUCCAAGAAACAAAGAAGGUGUUGAAAAACGUUUUCAAUCUUCCCCCUGAAACGAAGUCUCCUCCCUGCGACACGACAGAACACGUAUACGAGGAACUCACUUACAUGUGCUUACCUAUUUUCGAUGGCCAACGCUAUAGUUCCUUGAGUCCGCCUGUUGCUGGAGCUUCCGCCAUGGCUGCGCGAACUAAAGCGCCCGCCCGUGGAGGAAGUCCUCUACUCAGGGAGCACGAGUGGCAGAUCAAGACCAUGAUGGUGCUGGAGUUCGCCAAGGAGUUCUGCAACGGUGACAGCAGACGUUACAGCGAGAUGCUCAAUCAAUUUCUGGAAAGGCAAGGACUGACCCCUUUCGUGUGGGACUGUUAGCAGGACGUUCUCAGGAGGCGAGGUAACCAAAGGGCGUGCGAAGGCAGCCUCGGCCAAGGACAUCUUCAGCAAUCCUUCCACGUUGAACGAGCGGAGAGAAGGGUUUACACGCUUCCUCAAACGCAACAAAACGGCAAGCGUCGAUGAUGCAGGACGGUCUAGGUAGGGUUUAGAGGAGAGGGAAUUAGAAGUGCUGGAAGAGGGAAUGUUUGAUAAUGAUGUACAUGUUUCUGAAGUGAUUAACAGUUGUUGAAAGAAUUUCAGUU